AUGGAUGAUUCUAGCGACUCCGGCUCUCCUGUGAGCGAGCACCCACCUGCUUCUCUGUAUGAGCAGUCUCCUCCGCAAUCCUCCCAACAACCAAUUCUCCUUCCGUCCACCCUACAGCCUCGCCUGCCGACCGUGACAGAAGAGGAAGACUCCCCUCAUAUCGAAACGUCUCUUCCAGCGAGCGAAGAGUCUCCUCCUCCACCAAGCCAGCAACCUUCUCCUCCCAUCUCGGAUGAACCGCCAACCGUCACUGUACCCCCCGAUCAUGUGAAUCUCCGUGUCGUGUACUUGGUCACCGGCAAUCCGCGACCACCGCAUUCGCUGGGAGUCUUACCUGUGAGCACAACCGUAUCAGCGCUGAGGGAGCAAAUACAAUCCGAACUACCAGAACACCCCUCUCCUGAACGUCAACGCCUCAUCUACCAAGGGAGGCCACUCCUGCGCGGCGAUGCUACCUUGCGUGAGAUAUUUAGAAUUCAAGCUGGAAGUACUCCUGGCCCUCUCCCGCACACGCUACAUAUUGUCAUCCAACCUCAGACAGAUGCGGUCCCCACCGUCGCUGUGUCCAACCCAGCCGAACCGUUGAAUCAGCGCACCGCCCAGCGAACGGGUCCCAUGCCGGUCGGUGGUCAACUCGCUCUAGAGAGGGUACAAGCACACUUGGCUGCCAUUCAGCAACAUUUCGAGACAAAUAGAGCAGACCUGCAUAAUGUGCAGCCGAGCGUUGCCACGCAACACCAUACCAUGGCCGUACAUGUUGAUGGACCUGUCCAUGUACCGGUAAUAAACCCAGGAGGCAUCCUUCCACCUCUUCCAGGUGCGAUCCCGGCACAGAUUGCUCAGUUCCGACAGCCUGCAUUUAGAGGGCAUCAGACCGGACCCGACGCAUGGACAGUCACCGCAAAUACCACUGCGAAUGUCAACAACAUACCCCAGCAAACUCUUCCAGCCUUUCGCAGAGUUGUGAUGCCAAAUGGUCAACAACGCACAGAGGUAAGGAACCCCACGACAACGCAAGCGUCUCGAGAUCCACCCGGAGUAUCUGGUCCAGCGAGAUCAACACAACCUCCAACAAUACAGCAGGCGGCACCGUCCAAUCCUCCCGAAGCGAAUGCAACUCAGCUUCAAGCAGGUUCGAUUCACCUACCUAACCUUAUUGGCCACCUUCCACAGCCGUUCAAUCAGACUAGAAGCUCCAUACGUCGGAAUCUGCCUCCAAAUGGAACAGCCUGGCUGUUGAUGACGUCGACAGGUCCCCGAGGGUUCUUGUUUGCCCCUGGCUUUGGCUUUUUCAGUUCGUAUCGGGACCCAUCUGAAAUGCCAGCCGUGAAUGCCCAAGCGACACAGUCUGAAAGCACUGCUCAAACCGAGGGCGUGAUGCAGCAACAGCCUCUUGGAGAGAUGGGUGCUGCUAAUGCUGACAUCGACGGCGCCAUCAUCAGACCGGCUCAAGGACCGGCUCAAGGACCGGCUCAAGGAGGAGCUCCUCAACCCCAGGUUGCGCAAGCUGUGCGGAAUGCAGAGGAUAACGACCUCUUUGCCUUUCUGAUUCAACGUGGCUGGUUGCUCCUGCGACUCUAUCUUUUCAUGUUCGUGUUUUCCGAGCCAGGAACGUGGAAAAGAUGGGCCAUGAUGCUCAUCGCCGUUGUUGUCUGCCUCCAGCCGCGAAAUGGACCUUUUGUUCGUGCAAUGCGAGCUGCACGUCAACACCUGGAUAACUUGAUAGGUCCCCAGGCUCCACAACCUCAACCCGAUGCUGCAGCACCGAGGCAGGCACGUCCCGCAGACCCUACAAACCAGGGCCCUUCACGGCCAGCAAAUAUCCGUGGAGCCGUGCAGAUGACCCCGGAAGAAGCUGCCGCUCGACUGCUGCGUGAGAGGGCAGAGCGCAAUCGUGGAUUCUGGCGGGAGAGCCUCCACCGAGUCGAACAAAGUAUAGCACUUUUCCUGGCGAGUCUAAUACCCGGCGUCGGAGAACGACAUAUCAUGGCUAGAGAGGAAGCGAGGCGACAGGCGCAGCGCGAUGAAGAGGAGCGAAGACGGACGGAGGAGGAGGCAUCAGCAGCAGCAGGGCAUCGGGCAGAAGAAACUACUGAAAGUGCCCAGACUAGUGAAGCUGUGGCCGAGACAGGCCUGGGUGCACAAACAGAAGCGAAGGUGGACAGGCCUGAAGGAUCAAGCUCGUCAAGUUCCAUCCAGGUUCGUGAUGCAGGGGCAGAAGACGGCGAACUCAGGAACAGGAUGACUUGA